AUGAAAGCCCGGCAUAGUGAUGAAAUUGCAUUAAUUCGAAAGCAGCUGGCGGACAAGGAACGUCUUGUUCUUCAGUACACAGACAGACUUGUGGCAGCCGAAGCAAAAGAUUCCGAAAUUGCACUUCUUCAGGAGACGCUGGCUGUUGAGAAGAAGAAGUACAGACUGUUCGAGCAGACAGUGUGCUCACAGAUGAGUAGCAGUGCCCAAGAGAAAGCGUUUUUGCAGCGUAAAUGUGAGCAGGAAUUAGCAUCGACCGAAAAACGUUGCUCACAGGUUGAGAUGGAACGCAAUCAAAAUCUACAAAGCUUGCAACAGUACAAAAAUGAGUCGCAGAAUCGAAAUCGUAAAAUGGAUCAUCUUAUGAAGAGCAAUGCUUUGUUGGAGAAGCGCGUGAAGGAGAUCGAAACCACAGCAGUAUGUUGUUCUUUUCUUCAAAUAUGCUCAAGUGAUGGCUGUAAAGCUCUUCUUCUGAUUGCGCAACUCACAGGAGUUGCUGGCAACAUCACCCGGACUGUCGGUCUUGCUGGAACGAAAUCAUACGUAACUUUAUCAGACCUUAUUGCAAAGGACUGUUUACCUUCGGGUUUUUUUCUUUACCUAGACUUACAGUGUUCAGAUCGUCUGUCAGUUGCAAACUUGAAGCAGUGA